AUGGAAGCUAAUCAGGCCUCUGCAGGUACUGAACAAUCGUCCUACCGAUUACAUCUGAGGAAUGAGAGUGCAGGGCAAAUGAUGCCCGCGGUGCCCACACUGGUGCUUGAAAACCUUUCCUCUUUCUUACAAAGCUGCUGUGAGAACACACAACCUGCUCACCAGCAUCCUCCUAAUCACUACCAUCAAUCACCACUCUCGAAGCCACAAAUUGAAUGGGUUUAUUCGCAACACAAUUUCUCUUCUGGUCGAUCCCCUGAACUCCUGCGAAUGAAGGCAAAGGAGUUAAUUCAGCAAGAGAAAUGUGAUGCGAAUUUUACUUAUUGCGUCGACCAGCCGUCAAGAUUAGUUCGCAUUGAAUGCCUUAAAGCAGGAUGCAAGUGUGUACUCAAGCAAGAACCUGCGUUAGCAUUAAAAAUCGUCUGUGGAGUGAGCUUGGUUCGAGGCAGCUGGUCGAGCCUUCAACAGCAAAGCUCACAUAAUCCUCAUCACCCUGCGAAGUGGGGAUCAAUCUCCUCUGCAUUUGAGCGUCUCCAAUCUAAUCGUUUCUCCAGUUCAUGUCAGUCUUCGCAGUGUCAAAUUUCCUUGGACCAGCCUCUUUCUCCCAAUAACAGCAGCGGCAGCAGCAGUUUCAACGACCAAAUUCCCCUCAUUUUUACCUCGUGUUCACCUUUCUGGUUUGAAAUCUUGAAGCAGCGUAAUGAUGCCUUUCAGGGACCUGAUGUACCUUGCUGGAAUUCUGGUAAGGCACUGUGGAAGUCCCGGCCAUCGAUGUUUCUGCUUCGGAAGCAGACCAAGUGUGUCCUUUCCGUGUCUUCAAACGGUUCACGGGGCCCGGUGACUUUGGAUUUGGACAAUGUAGUCCAUCUCCAUCCAGGCACUGUCUUGCGGCUGAUUGACUGCAAGAGCUGCCGUCUAGUAUCUAAAACUAAUCCUCAGUGUCCGCCCAUGUCCUCUCUCCUUCAGUGCGAGGUGGUUGGGAGUAAGUCUCUGGCGAAGUAUGCCUCUUUAGCCAACAAUCUUCCUCCGGAUGAUGCACUUUAUUGGUUUGCCAGUGGACCUCGUCUCGUCUACCUCCCCUUGGAUGAUAAAACGGUGUCAUUUUAUCCCAUUGCAACGCCUCCGCCUAACUCGCGUGACAAUAAGAAUACUGGGUGGGCCUACUCUGGUGCCCAUUCAGUUCUCAAUCUUCUCUCUCACUUUCCUCUCCCCCUCACUGUUCGUCCCGUAAUGGAGCACAGUCUAGCCAACUGGCUGACCUCCUCUUCUCCAUGUAUUAGGGAUGGUAACGCUGGUCUCCACCUGACCUCCUGUUAUCACGGUGAUCUUGUCUUUCUAGAACCAAUCGCAGAUUGUGGCCCUGCAGCCGUGACUAACAGCAACGGUGUAGGCACAGCCGGUGGUAAUUCGCGUUUCUUCGUGGUUACUGCCGAGAUGCUUUCGCAGCAUCGUUUUAUCCUCGCUACGCCACAGUCCUCCCAACUACACGCAAGAGAACUGAAGACCCAUGCUUCGAGAGUGGCACACUUUCUGGCUGCUUUCCAUCCAGCUUGUGGACUGAACUAUCUCCUCAAGUACCUGGAGGAUGUAACGCAUUGCUCCUCAGUUGGGCCACCUCAUCGACCACUGACGGAGACUCUUGGACCCUUGGGUGGGGAAGGUACAGUGGCUUCGCACACUGCGGUGGCCAGUAUUGCUGCUUCAAUGCUCCUUUACCUUGAUGCCGAUGACAGGGAUAGAUUUCCUGAUCUCCAUGCUCUCUACGAUGAUCUUGAUGAUAUCUAUCAGUACGUCAGGACAGGUCGUCUGCCUUCGAAGCAGAGAGGAUUAACUCCAUCAACUGGCGUGCUUCGAAGCUGCUCCGCUACUCCGGGUCCUGCACCGCGAACGAGAUCCCGUCAAGACUAUACCAUUCCCUACGUUUUUUUCCCCGAGUCCAAUUUACACUCCAGUACCAACACACCUACGGUGCAGCAGCAGCAGCAACAGCAACAACAACAGCAACAGCAGCCUCAGCCUCCUCCACCACCUAGGAGGAAUACUGUUACCCCUACGCACACCUACGCGUUCCCCAAUCCUAGCAAGUAUAUGUUAAAGUCCGACGUUCCAUCACCACUGCCCUUUGCUUCACCUAGUAGGAGACGACAGGCUUACGUCGAUUGUGCGCGACUCCGGUCGAUAGAGCAGCCCUUUUGCGGUCAACCACCACCGUCCUAUUCCAUUCUCAAUUUCGCAGCGAUGAACGAGCGUACAAACAGCUCACCAGAUACCGGUUUAGGUGGAGACAGUGGUCAGAGCGGUCAGAGUUUGGUCGUUCCAACAGCAACCACAUCUAUAGUGCGGUCCUCGUGUCACCAGCUCAUCAAUUUUUGUGAAAGUGGAGUGAGCAAUGAAGGUGAGGUUGCUGUGCCCAUGAAGUCGCCCCAGCUCCUUUACCCCAAUCUCCGCCGGUUGACAGUGAAUUUGAACAAACGCAUCCUCUGA